AUGGCUCGGAGCCCCUGCGACCUCCGCCUCCUCCUCCUCGCUGCCGCUGCAGCUUUCAUCUACAUCCAAGUGCGCCUUUUUGCCACUCAGUCCCAUUAUGCAGAUCGUCUUGCAGAAGCAGAAAGAUCUGAAAAUCAGUGCACCAGUCAAUUAAAGUCCUUGAUCGAUCAAGUCAGCAUGCAGCAAGAGAAGAUUGUAGCAUUGGAAGAGAUAAAGGUACGGCAAGAUGAAGAACGUGCACAUCUGAAGAUUUUGAUAAUGGAUCUUGAAAAAAGGAGUGUGCAGAAGCUACUAGACAAUAAUGUGGUUCCUGUUGCUGCUGUUGUCAUAAUGGCUUGCAAUCGACCGGACUAUUUAGAGAGAACAGUUGAAUCUAUCCUGAAGUAUCAGACAACAGUUGCUUCAAAGUUUCCACUUUUUAUAUCUCAGGAUGGAGCAAAUGGAGCUGUGAAAAGGAAAGCUUUGGAAUAUAAACAAAUAACAUAUAUGCAGCAUGUGGAUCUUGAACCUGUGCAAACUGAAAGGCCAGGAGAAUUGACAGCAUAUUACAAGAUUGCUAAACAUUAUAAGUGGGCCUUGGACAACCUAUUCAUUAAACAUAACUUUGCUCGAGUAAUCAUUCUAGAAGAUGACAUGGAGAUUGCCCCGGAUUUUUUCGAAUACUUUGAGGCUGCAGCUAAAUUACUUGAUAAUGACAAAACAUACAAUUUUGGCAAGCAUGGAUCAAGCUUGGGACAAUUCUUUGAGCAAUAUUUGGAGCCCAUUAAGUUAAAUGAUGUUCAUAUUGACUGGAAUUCUGAGGAUCUGAGCUACCUUGGGGAGGAUAAGUUUUUAACCAAAUUUGGAAAAGAGGUAGCUAGUGCCACUCCUCUCCAUGGAUCGGAUGCUGUGUUGAAAGCCCACAAUAUGGCUGAGGAUGUAAGGAUCCAAUACAACGAUCAGGAAGAUUUUGAGCGGAUAGCUCGUCAAUUUGGAAUAUUCGAAGAAUGGAAGGACGGCAUCCCAAGAACAGCUUACAAAGGAGUAGUAGUCUUCCGGCACAACAGUAGUCAAAGGCGAAUAUUUCUUGUCAGCCCAGAUUCUCUUCGUCAGCUGGGAGUGUAG